CCGCUUCCUGUCUCGGGGAGCGGGAAGUUCCGCUUCCGGGCCAAGCUGCCUGUGGGGAAGGGGAGUAGCGCUGCCGCCGCCGCCGUGACUCUCGCCUUGGUCGCCGCGUUCCGCGCUGGGGUUGUGGAGACCGCGGGGAGUCAGGCGGCCCUCCCCUCGCUGAGGUCUUUGGUGAAAGUUGGGACUGUUGCAGACCUGUGGAUGACGGACUACAGUUGUGUGUCACUCUCAUAAGCCAUGGCCUAUCAGCUAUAUAGAAACACCACGCUGGGGAACAGCCUUCAGGAGAGCCUCGAUGAGCUCAUACAGUCUCAGCAGAUCACCCCUCAGCUUGCCCUUCAAGUACUACUUCAGUUUGACAAAGCUAUCAAUUCAGCACUGGCACAGCGGGUCAGAAACAGAGUCAAUUUCAGGGGCUCUCUGAACACGUACAGGUUUUGUGACAAUGUCUGGACAUUUGUACUGAAUGAUGUUGAAUUCAGAGAGGUCACUGAACUUGUAAAAGUGGAUAAAGUGAAAAUAGUUGCCUGUGAUGGAAAAAAUACUGGCUCCAACGCUGCAGAGUGAGGAAGACACCUGGGCCUCCGUGCCAGCUUUGUCUUAAUGGGCUGUGCUCCCUGGAGAGAAGCAUGGCAAAGGACUGUGAUGACGACUGUUUUAGCGAUGGAGACAUGAGUAAUCCAUGCUGGAGUGCCUCAUGGGACUGUGAUGGGAAGAUCUCUGUAGAGCAUCUUUUGAGUUCACCUCCUAAGGCUUGAAGACAAAGAAUCUUGCUUUUAAAAAACACACACACACACGACAUUGUUGCUUUUUGGUUCAUCAGGGGAUCUUCUCCAAUAAACCUUUUAUUUAAAACUC